AUGGAGGAUGCUGCUCUAGACGAGCUAGCAGAAUCUCUCUCCUCUCUGCGAACGGAGGUGGAUUGGAAGAGCAAGUUGGCACAUUGCGAGCAGGUUGCAACGCAGCUGCUCAGUCUCCCUCCUCGACAUGAAAGUCACUUCGAUCGCCUGCUUGCGACAACCAUCAACUACCUUCUGCUUGCCCAAGGGGCAGUGGAUGUCUCAGUGAAGUUGCACGCUGAAGACGUUUUGCUCCGUGUGGUCAGGGCCGUUCCAAGCUCCAGUCGCCCGCGCCUUCUCGACGUCUUCCUCAAGGCGUUUCGUCUUCGCUUUCCUCGCUCUCGCUGCCUUGCCCUCCACUGGCUCUCAGUCCUCUUGCCCUCCCACAUCAAGCACGCGUCAGCCCUGUCGUUUGUGAACCAGCGACUGGCCCUUGUGCUUGAGACGCUGGCAGGAGAGGAGGAAGAUGAGGUACAUGCGGCGCUAGACAGUGCGCUGAGGAGGGUGCUGCCAGCCUUGGGGCGCUACUUCAAGUGUCAGACCCUCCUGUCCAUUCAGAAUCAGCUCCUGCCAAAGCUGCUCUCAGGCUCUGACGCGCGGGCCCGCAGCAUCGCCUCCUCCUUGUGCAGCAUCUGCUCGGCUCAUCGCAACUUCUUGUCGUACGUGGACGACAAGUCGGGCGGGGAGGGCAGCAUGCGGCAUGUGGACGAGAUCCUGUCGGACCGAGUGAUCGAGUGGCUGCUGCACUUCCUGCACGUGGACGAGGACCCGGAAGGCUACCUGAGCUCAGCUGUCUGCGAGUCCGUGGCAGAGUGCGGGGAGGAGGCGUUGCUAGGAAGCUUGAUCGGCAUCACCCGCUUGCUCGAUGCGCCGCUGCCGAGCAGCACCCUUGCUCGCUUCCGGUCGAGCUUAUCCCUCCUCUCCCUCAGGUUUUCUCAUCCCUCCAUUCAAGACUCCCGCAUCUGCUCGGCAGCUCUGACGCUCCUGGAGAAGCUGCUCGAGCGAGCUUGGCCAACGACUGACGCGCACGAAGAGGAGAAGCUGCUUGCUGUAAGCAUGGCGCGACUCCUCCUCGUUGCUCAGGCCAAGGAGGCCAAGACAGCGCACAAGGCAGCUGCUCUCAGAUGCCUUGCGCGAUCCGUGAGGUGCUGGGCCCUCGGGGAGGAGGAGGAGGAGGAGGCACGAGGACACGGUCGAGCCCUCGUUGACUUCGCCCUGCAAUGUGCUGAUGUCGACAACGACCCCACGAUUCGCAGUGAAGCAGCGACGCUGAUCUCCUCCUUGGUCUGCUCCAAGCUCCGGCACAAGAGCUCAAGCAAAGACGAGCAGGGGGGGAUUGGGGACGGAAAGAAGGAGGAGGAAGAGGAAGAGGAAGAGGAAGAGGAAGAGGGGGAAUGCGAGGAAGGAAGAUUUAUGUUGAACAGUCGUUUGCAGUCAUCACUCGAUCUAGAGAUCAGGCUGAUAUUGAGGUUGGAAGAGAUGAGCGGUGAGAGCAUUCAGAGCGUCAAGAAGAACGCGAUCGAGGGGAUGGGGGAAAUACUGCUGGUCACGAGCUUGUAUCCGAGCUUCUCGUUCCUGUCUCUCAGAAUUCUCGUCUUCUUCUUCCAAGUUCGCCCUCAUUCUCUCCCCGACAACUACUGGGGGGUCACGGUCAGCAUGCUCUCCCUCCUCUCCUCUGUCGACUGGGCUGGCAUCGGGAUGAUGGCGGCAAGGAAAGGUGGCAAGGCAGCCCUGCAGCUGCAGCAGGCGGCGCUUGACUUCAUUCUCGCAAGCUUGCGGCACUCGUCGAGCAAGGUCAUCACGGCAGCUCAGAGCUCCCUCCUCCUCUUCCUUCAGCAAGCCUCCUCCUUCUACGGCGACCGGGCAAUGCCUGCCUGGGGAGGCAGCUUGGCGGGCACGUGCGAGGAGCAGGCGCGAGGAAUGAAGAUGAGGGUCCUCAGUCGCAAUGGAGGUCACGUCCUGCGCCUCCUCGCCGACCUCAUCGUCUCCUCCUCUGAUCGCAAGCUUCUCCUCACCAUGGUCAGCACCUUCCGCAAGGACAAGGUGACUUCCUCGCCCCUCUGCGCUGACUUCUCCUUCCACGGUGAGUUUUUCCGCCUCCUCUCGCUGCCUGCCAAGCAGCACGUACGAGGCCUGGGCGAGAGCUUCUGGAUGCAGGCGAUUGAUCAUCUUCGCAUGCUCAUGAAUCUCUUCCGCCUCUGCGAGGCCCCAGCUGUCUCCCCGACGCUCUCCGGCUGGUAUGGAGAGCUGUUCGCCAAGAUGCAGCAGGCCAAGAAGGAGGACGCGCAGGUGUUGACGUACCACGACGAGCAGAGCAGAGGAGGCAGCGGGAGGGGGGAGGAAGCCUUCUCCUUCUCUCACCUCGAAGGAUCCUUCCUUGACGCCCUCCUCCUCGUGCUCUCUGCGAGCGACGAGUCGACCGGCAGGCUCUUCAUGCAAGACGUCUGCACGUUCCUCAAGACCAGCAGGCCACGCUUCUCCUCCUCCUACCUGCGGCUGCUCCGUCACCUCGUCCUCUCACUCUCCUCCUCCCGCGAGUAUCCUGGGGCUCUGCUAGAGGGCAUCAGAAGCUCCGUCAAGGUUAUGGCAGAGGAUGCCAUGAUGAGGACGAGCGACAUACAGGGAGACGAGGAGCAGGAGGAGGCAGCUGCCCUCCUCUCCUCCCUCAUCUCCUCUGGCUGGAACUUUCAUCUCAUCUCGAAGCUCAAGAUGCCCUCGCUCCUUCCUUCCUCCCCUCGGCUCUUCUCCUUCUACUUCCACAUCCUCGGCUCUUCCGUCCUCCUCGACCUCUCGGCUGGCUCAGAGCCCCUCGUCUCCCUCCAGCAGAGCCUCAGCCUCUUCUUCGAGGCUCGUCGGCUACCGGGCGGGCAUGUCAACCUCCUCCUUCUCUUUCGCUUCUCCGUUCGCCUCCUCGCCGCUCAGCGUCAGCACGAAGCGCGAGAGAUGUCAGUACAGGUUUCCUUCCUCAAGUCCCUGCUCGACGUCGUGAUGGGAUCUCUGGGCGAGGGCUCUGGGCAAGCAGGAGGAGGAGGAGGAGCAGCAGGGGAGCAUGUUCAGCAGUCCCUUGAGACGUUGGAGGGAGUGGUCAUGGAGCUGCAGGUCAGCCUGCCGGAAGUGAGCAGGAGGGCGCUGCUGGAGCGCAUUCAGAGUGUGGCGGUGCCCUUCCUCCUCAGCAGGCAGUGGCGACCAGUCCAGGAGGUGGAGGCUGCCCGCAGACUCGUCGCCCUCUGCCGGGUAGGAGAGCUGGCGGCGAAGGAGCUCUGCCGAUGGGCCGUGGAAGCAGUUGAGCUUCGGACAGGAGGAGAAAGAAAGGCGAAGGAGGAAGCUGAGGAGAAGGAGGAGGAGAGCUUGUGCAGGAGUGUGAGAGGGGCUGGCAGUUGGUUGCGGCUCUUGAGUUCGUUACAUGCGGAGGAGAUGGGGAAGAGCUGCUUGGAGGAGGUGGCGAGAGCUGUGAAGCAGCUGCUGGAGGGCGUCCAUCAGCUGCUGCUGCUGCUGCAUGGAGGUGCAGGGGAAGAAGGCAGGGAGGUGGAGGAAUGUCUCCUGUACGGCAUCCAGACGCUCUUUUCCCUCCUCUGCCCGAUGGUCGAGUCGCAGAAAUUCCUCAGGGAUCGAUAUGACGUCCUCUACGUGCUGCUCCAGAGGCAUCUCAACGGUCUCAGCAUCGAUGUGCUCGAGGUUGUCGCUGCGUGUGUGCGGCCGCUGUUCUCUUCCUUCCUCUCCAACACUCUUCCCCUCCUCCUCUCCGACAAGGUUCCUGCAAGCUUCGUCUUCUCCUCCUCUCUUGUUUGCCUCCUCCUUUCACUGCCUCCCCCCGCUCUUCCUCGUCUCUCCUCGGACUCCUGGAGUCGCGUCGUCAAGAAGUUUCUCCUCCUCACCUCUGGCUGCGCGAUCUUGGCGAGCCGCAUGACAUCUCAGCUGGGCAAAGAGCUGGCGACGAGCAUCGACAGGGAGAGGACUCGCUUCCUUCUGCGCCUUCCGACUCACCCGCUCGCUGCUCGCGUGUGGGCGCACGUGAACCUCUGCGACGGCUGCUCAGCUGGGAUCCUCCUGGAGCUGAAGGCGAGGUGGAGGAAGGAGGAGAGGAGAGGGAAGGGGAUGUGGAGGGGGCUCGGGGAGAAGAGCCGAGACCUCACGGUGCUGGGGCAGCUCGCGGUGUCAGAGGAAGUAGUGCGAGCCGUCUUCCAGCGGUACAUGGCGCCGGAUGCGACCUGCUUGGAGCUGCGAGGAACAGCGAGCAUGAAGCUCAGGGGCCUGCGAGCCAAGCUGGAGAAGCGAAGUUACGGUCUGCUGGACAAGGAGGAGGAGGAAGAGGAGAAAGAGGGUGAGAAAAGAGAGGCGAAGAAGAGGGUGUGCUACUUCAUGCCAAUCAGCAGCAAGCGAUGCAAGCACCUGUGUCGACUGAUCACAGAUCUGCUGGAGGCGAGCAGCGGGGAGGGGCCGGCAGGGGAGCCGAGCACGAGGAGCUCGCUGUCGUCCUCCCUCGUCGGCCUCCUGUCGGCAGCUGAGGGGCAGGAGGCAGCAGCGCGCGACUCGUUCCUGCACCGGGAAGGCUCGGUGCUGCUAGCAGAGUCGAUGAUGUCGUGGGGAGAGCAGAGCAAGCAAGAAGUGGAAGGGGCUGAGGGUGAGCUGGUGAAGUUGAUCGACAAGAUCGUUGCAGGAGAGGAGGAGGAGGAGGAGAAGCGGAUCAAGGAAGAUGCUCUAGAGCACAUGCUGUGGCUAAUCGGAGCGGCGAGCGAAAUGCUGUUGAGCUGUGAGAUUGCAGGAGGAGGAGCAGGAGGAGGAGCAGGAGGAGGAGGGAGCUUGAUGUGGGAGCGAGACGAGCUUGUCCGUGUCCUCGUUCACGAUCGUCUGCUCCAAGAAGGAGCAGCGAAGACGCUCAACCUCCGCCUCCUCGCCUCUCUACUUGAUAGAUUACUCCAGCUCGGUCUCAGCACGAGGAUGCAAGGGAGGAGGCAAAGUUCAGCUGUGACCCAGCAGCCGGUGCUUGACAGGCUGAGAGCGACGCUGAUUGUCCUGCUCGAGCUCGACGGAACGUCGAUGGCUCGUGAUGGGAGGGAGGAGACGAGGACGAAGCUCAUGCGCUACUGCGAGGCUGAACUUCUCCUCCUCUCCUCCUCCUCCCUCCCUGCUGCCUCCGCUCUCGCCAUCCUUCACCUUAGCUCCACCUGUACGAGAGGAGGAGAGUCCUCACCUGUCGUUUAUCUUCUUUCUAGGCCUCAAAGAUUGAGCGCCAGCAUAGCAAAGACGCUGCCUCACCUCCUUCGACGCAUCGCCAUGCUCGAUGCGUCAGCUGACAGGAAGUUGGAGGAGCUGCAGGGGACGUGGAGGGUGAACGAAAAGGACGCAGCAUGCGCGAGUAAGGAGAGUAUGCUCGGCAUCUUCGCAGUCCAGCUGAGGGAGGCCGUCCUGUCAAACCUUUCGAUGAGUCAGCUGGACGGCAGCUCGCUGCCCUCCAACCGCAGCCGCGAACACAUGACGUGGAAGAGCAAAAGAGAUCUUGAGGCAGUAUGGAAGUCUGUCGUGAUGGCUCUCGAUCCUUUUCUCCUCCGCACCAACCUCAUCUCCCCGCUCAAGAUUCCCAAACCUCCUUCUGCGGGAGGGGAGGAGCAGGACGAGCAGGACGAGCAGGACGAGCAGGAGGAGCAGGAGGAGCAGGAGCAGUUUGAUGCUGAAUGGGCUGAGGAGCAAGAGAGAAUGUUUCACCUGCUGUUGGACGUCUGUUUCGUCAAGUCUCCUUUCGCUCCUCAUGCUUCCUCGCAGAUUCUCUUCCAAAAGAGCCUUCCUCUUCACUUCCUGCGGGAGCCGCUACCUUGGCUCUCUUCCUCAAGGGGGGUGGAGCUGCUGGAGCAGCAGAGGAAGCUUCAUCGCAGCUAUUUGGAGCAUGUUGGCCACUCGCCUGGUCUCUACUCCCCUUACACGUGGGCAGGUCUCGCGGGGCAGCUGGGCAGGAAGCAAUGGCCUCAGCGCGAGGAGGGCAAGGAAGGAGGAGGAGCGAGUGUACGCGCUGGAGGAGGAGGAGGAAAGUUGGGGCAAUCAGGGGACGAACUCAGAAGCGAAAGAAGAGAGGAGGAGGAAGAGGGCGAGGAACAGGAGGGAUCAGAAAAGCAGGAGAAGGGUGGAUAUGAAGGGGUGACAAGAAAAGAUCUCGAGCAGAAGGCAAUGUCUCUCUUCCUCCCUCUCUACAACUGCCUGGCUGGUGAUGAGGAUGUGUUCGGAAGCGGCUACCUUCGCAUUCGGCGCAUGGCCUUGCGGUUGCUGGGUCAGCUGCUGCUGUUGGUGGAAGAGGCAGCAGCGAGCGAGUGGGUUCUGAACGUCUACCUCCGCGCUUAUGCCAUCGGCUGGACGGAAAGCGACUCUCUCGCUCACGCGUGGAUCGUUCAAGGCAUGGCAGCGGCAGCAGCAGCAGCGGGUCCUGUUCUUGCGGCUCGUCACGCUGCGACGCUGCUCAAAGUCUUGAAGGAUGCGAUCCUGUCUGAGCAGCUGGACUCGCCGGGUGAUCCCUCCCGCUCCUCUCCCGCUGCUGACAGCCCCAGCUCCGUCGCCUCCUCCUCCUCCCUGGGCGUCCGCACGCAGCACACACUCGCAUUCCCUUCGAAGCAGCAGCGACUGGUGAUGAAGGAGGAGGAGGCCUGGACGCUCGCUGAGAGUCUGAUCCUCCUCGGUCCUCUACCAUCAGCUGCUGUUGCCGUCGCCUGCUCGCUGGAGUCUCCUGCUCCUCUCGUCCGAACCAUCUGCAAUAUCGUCCAGCGAUUGAUGAUGGCGGGUUUGUUGGAUAACGAUCUCCUCAAGCUUGUCGACGCCAUCGCUGCCUUUAAAUGCCCCAACGUCAAACUGCGACUUCUCCUCCUUCCAGUCGUCGUGACCAGGACGAUGGCCGGGUCCCCGCGAGCCAUCGACGACCUUCUUCUCAGGACGCGCUCCUCCUGCCCCGUCGAGCUUCGCGUGCUGCAUCGCGUCCUCCCGUCGCUUCUCCGCACGUGCCUUCCUCGUGCAGGCGCAGAGGUGGAGCGAAGGCUGCUGGAGGAGAUGCUGAGCGAGGUCGAGCGCAAGGAGUUCUGCCGCCUUCACGCCCUCCUGCAGCUCGCAUGCCUCAUCACCUCCUCCCUCCCGCUCGAGCUGAAGGAGGACGGGAGCAGGAGGGAGGAGCAGGAGGAUCUUGGCGACCUCAAAGUCAUCAUGCAGCUGCUCCGUCUGGCAUGCGAGGAGGAUUCAAACGCUUCGUUAGGAGCGGGGCGAGGGCAGCAGGAGGCAGGGGAAGGGGGAGGGGGAGGAGGAGGAGGAGGAAGCAGCCGCUAUAUGCAGAGCCCUGCGUUACUUGCGCUCAUGGCGGCAGUGGCAGGGGUGAGCGGGGAGGAGGGUCCGAGAAGGAAGCUACUGGUGUUGAAGAACUCGUUGCUGUCCUCGCAGUGGCUGGAGGAGAAGGUCUGUGACUCGCUGCUGGUCGCUCAUGGAGCUUCCUUCUUCUCCUCCCAACGCAUCCCUGCCCACGCUGUGGCUGACAUGCUGAAUCUCGUCAUGAGAACGUCGCUCUCCCCCCUCAAGCUUGACGCAUCGCUUGGUCAGGCCAUGGCUGAUCGCGUUCGAUCUGAUCGAGAGGUCGCAUCCUCGCCUCGGGUGGUUGUGACGCCAGGAGGGACAAUCCUGUGA